AUGUCAAAUAAAAACAAUUAAGAUUUGAAAAUAUAAGAAAAUAAAUAUGAAAUAAAAGAGGAAGAAAAUGAAAGGAUUUAGAAUUUAUAUGAUAUUCAAUAGCCAAGAAUUGAAAAAUUAAAUGAAACAUCAUCUCCUCAAAUUAAUAAUUUAAGUAAAAAUGAGUAAUGUACAAAAAUUAAAAUUAUGAAUAAUACAUAGAAUAGUCUAAUAAACAUAAAUAAGUUUAUUUAAGUUAUGUUUCUAUCAAAUGAAGGGGAUGAAAAAUCAAAAAUAUUUAAUCUAAUUUCAAAACCAAAACAGAUAAAAUAUAGAAUGAAACGCACUGAAUAAUUUAGUUAAAGUCCAAUCAUUUCAGAAAAAUUCACAUUUCACAAUUGUCCAAAAAAUGAAGAUGAUAAAAUCAUACCUUAUAGAGAGUAUUUCUCAAAAUAUUUAAUACACUUUUUUUUUAUCUUUGUAUAAUAUUAAAGAACUGAUACAAUGAAUAAAAGAGUAUUAGAUAUGAUUAAAACACUUUAUCCUUUAGAUAGAUAAAGAAUGGCCAUAAUAGUUACCAAUUGGAAUGAUGAUAUAAAACAAAAGAAUGAAGUACAAUAACAAUUUAAUCAUUAUUGUUUUAAAUAAAUCAUAUUUAUAUCUUAAAAAGCUAAAAGAGUUGAAAUUUUAAAUGAAUUUGAAUAAUGUUUAUAAAAUGUUAAUGCUACUCAAUAGAAUUUGAAAAACACUGUAUUUGAAGUGAAUAAUAAUAGUAAUUUUGAUGAAUUAAUAAAUAGAUUUAGUUAUAGUAAUUAGAUAUCAAGAUUAAGAAAUAGAGAUAAUUAAGAUAACUAUUAGUAAGAAUAAUGAUUGA